GGCAAACACCAAAGUCGAAACACGGAUAGAAGCGGAGAAGCCUGCGCCAUUUACGAUUUACUCGCCCGCCGCCGACCGCAGCGACGCGGUGCUCGUCGCUUCCUCCGGAUUCUUUCCCCCCUCCCGAGCCUCUCCUCACCGGGGAGGGAAUCACCCGGCAAAGCAUCCGCACCGAAUCGAGAGGGGGCUUUGGAUCCGUUCCCCGGACUGGCAGCGCCGAUGGAGAAGGUGAAGGGCCUGCUGAAGCCGCGGCCAACGCCGCAGCAGCAGCUGCGCGAGUGGCAGCGCCGCCUCCGCAACGAGUGCCGCGUGCUCGACCGCCAGAUCCGAGACGUGCAGAGGGAGGAGAAGAACGUGGAGAAAGCCAUCAGGGAGGCUGCUAAGCGCAAUGACAUGGGAUCCGCAAAGGCGCUUGCUAAGGAACUUGUAAGAUCAAGACGUGCUGUUAACCGUCUUUACGAAAACAAGGCUCAACUAAAUUCAGUAUCGAUGCACCUUGGAGAAAUUGUUGCAACUGCAAGAACAGUGGGUCAUCUGUCCAAAAGUGCUGAAGUGAUGAAAGUUAUUAAUAAUCUAAUGAAAGCUCCAGAAUUGUCUGCCACAAUGCAAGAAUUUAGCAAAGAAAUGACAAAGGCGGGUGUGAUGGAAGAGAUGGUGAAUGAUGCAGUUGAUUCAGCUUUAGACUCUGAGGACAUGGAGGAGGAAAUUGAAGAGGAGGUUGACAAGGUUCUUGCUUCAGUAGCAGGGGAGACUGCCUCCCAGCUACCAGAUGCUGCCAGGACCCAGAGGAUACAUCAAACAUCAACAAGCAGGGUUCCAGAAGAGCGACAAGCUGUUGCAGAGGGUGCUGAUGACGACGAGGAAGACCUAGAAGAGAUCAGGGCACGGCUUGCUAAAGUGAGGUCAUAAAUCCAUGCACCCCUGGGCCACGUAACUCGGGAAGUCCAUAUCUUAAAAGAUAGAACACCCAAACCCUUACGAUGCACUGGGUUGAUGGAAGUGUAGAGUUCUCCCUCACUUGACCCUGUUUAAAUUGGCAAUGUAUUGUUUGUAUAGUAAGCAAUGCCAUGAGAGCGAUACGGAUACUGACCUAUCUCAGAUUUGAUCUGCGAUGUAGGUUUAGCACACAAAAAUAUUUGAUAAUGGUAUUUCCGACCGAACAA